AUGUUAAUCUCCUUGAUCCUGCCAGCGGUGCUCCUCGCCAGCCCCGCUGCCGGUCAAACACUCAACAUUCCAAGCCGAAGCGGUUCCAUCAUCUCUCUACCGGCGCCGAGUGUGAUAUCUGGGUCGAGGGAUUUUGGCAACAAGGAGUACGAUCGCGGACGCUCGUGCAACACCGACGUUGAGACUCCCGGCGGCCACCCCGUCUUCGUACUUGAGAAUGGCGCCACUAUCAGCAACGUCAUUAUUGGUGCUGGCCAGGUUGAAGGAGUUCACUGCAGAGGUGCCUGCACGCUGAAGAAUGUCUGGUUUCGCCAAGCUUGUGAAGAUGCUAUUGUGCUCAGUGGCAAUGGCGACAUCCUCGUCGAGGGAGGCGGUGUCCGUGGAGGUGCCAGCAACACGAUCUCGCACCUGGGCCGAGGAACAGUCACGGUCAAAGAUUACACCGUCAUCAACGGGAAUCGUCUUUACCGCUCAUGCGCCAACUGUGCAAACAAUGGUGGUCCGAGAAACUUGGUGGUGGCCAACAUGAAGGCCAACAAUGUCAAAUUACUUGCCGGCAUCAACUCGAACUUCGGAGAUAUUGCCACAAUAUCUGGGUCCUGCGGUACCGGUGUUACAAAGGUCUGCCAGGAGUAUAAAGGUGUUGAAAAGGGCCAGGAGAGUCCCAAGGUCACCACUACUGCAAACUGCAGGGACCAAACGAGUCUGGAUAUCUGUUAG